AUGUCCAUCAUCAAGCCUAUUGGAGAUCCAAAAAUUUUGGAGAAAAGACCUCCACAAAGUGUCUCCUACAAAGAUGUUAAAUCCUCUAUUGACACUGGAAUGGUCAAAAGAAAAUCCGAUCAAAGUAGGUGGUUUUAUAAUUCAUAUGAAAGUUGUUUCCGAUUGAGAUUUUCGAAUAAUAUAGAUGAUAGCAAACUAUUCAAAAAAGUCGAACAUUUCAAACGAAUCAAAUCCACAGAGCUAAUGAAGUUAAUUUUACUCAAAAUGAAUUCGAAUAAGGAAGGGCUAGCUAAUGAGGAUGAAGCCAAGUGCCCCUCAGAAUCUCCAAAACAUUCAGUCAUCUCAUCUCAAGCGUUUAGUAGUACCAUUUCGGAGGCAAAAACUGCCGUGCAUCAAAUGGAUCCAAUCUUGAUUAAAUCAAGGUUACGAGAGGAUGUAUCAGAUGCUGAUAAUUUAGUGCUAGUACUUGAUGUGAGAGAUCCAGAAGAUUUUGCAAAAUGUCAUUUACAAACUGCAUACAGUUAUCCAGCUGCGACGGUUAACAGGACGGUUAAUCCUUUCACAUUUGAAAUGUUGUCCUUUAAAAACCAUCCGCAAAAGAAAAUUGUACUGUACGAUAGAGAUGAAAAAAUAGCGUGUCCUGUAGCAAACUUGUUAUUUGAAAAAGGGUUCGAUAAUAUUGUGGUUCUGACAGGUGGACUGCAAGAAUUUUUCCAGAAGCAUCCGAACUUAAUAGUUGGGGAAGUGCCAAAGGAAUGGAUACCAACCGAACCAAAAAAGAAGCGCCUACAAUCUGCCUCUUCAGUGACCAGUAAAUCGACGCAAAACAAACCAACCGUCUCCAAAAAGCCACCUGCCACAGCCCUAAGUACCUCCAAAGUAUGGAAAUAA